AUGCAGCGGAGCAACUCGUUCGGGACGUCGUGGGCGGACCAGUGGGACACCGGCGCCGACCCGAGCCCGCGGGCGCGCGGCGGCAACGGCGACGGCAAGAAGGGCGGCGUGGAGAAGACCAAGGCGGCCGCGGCCACCGGGCUGAAGAAGGUCAAGGCCGGCACCGCGCAGGGGUUCCAGUGGAUCAAGGACAAGUACCAGAAGAAGAGCGCCGGCAAGAACGGCAAGCAGGGGGGCGGCUCCGAGGUGGCGGCCGGGUACUGA